UGCGUUUAUGCCGCCAGCAGAUAUCUACUACUCAUCUUUGGAGUUUCGACCUCGCUGUUGCACCGUUUACAAUCAAUAGAAGUACACUGGGGCAACAAUGGUGAAGAUCUUCAUUGGUAACCUCUCUCAGAACACUGAGAAGGAUGAGAUUGAAGCCCUGUUCACUCAGUACGGGACAGUAACAGAAUGCGCCAAGUACAAAAACUAUGCUUUUGUUCACAUGGAAGACCGCAAGUCUGCCACCAAAGCGAUCCGUGAGCUCCAUCUCCAUAAGCUGAAUGGCAGACCCAUCAACGUAGAGCCAAGCAGAAGCAAGAACCAGGGCCCCGUGAAGCUUCACGUAGCCAAUGUGGAGAAGGGCUUCGACAAAGAGCUCCGUGAGCUGUUUGAAGAGUAUGGCACAGUCACAGAGUGCUCCAUAGUCAAGAACUUUGCCUUUGUGCAUAUGCCCAAUUCUGAUGAGGCCAUGGAUGCCUUACAGGGUAUGGAUAAUACAGAGUUUCAAGGGAAACGCAUACACGUUCAGAUAUCAAAAAGCAGACCGAGAGGGGCACCCGAGGAGGAGGACUAUCCACCUCCGCCUGUCAGAGGAGGCUAUUUUCCUCCUCGCUAUCCAGGGGAGAGGCCUGAGCCUCCCUUCAGAGGCCGCAUGUCCGCUUACCCACCUCCUCCUCCUCCUCCUCCACCACCGCCCCCUCCUCCGAGACGAGCAGCUUAUCCCGACCGUGCCUAUGACGAUCGAGAGCCCUAUGGGGUGGUUGAUUUUUACGAGAAAUACAGAACCCGUCCUUACACCCCAGGCUACGAUGACAGGCGUUCCAGUGCCAUCCCCCCUCCUCCACCUCCUCCCUCCGCAUUGGUUAGGGAGCGUCUCGGAAUGGGCUCUCUUGAUCCGUAUGAGCGACGUCCACUCCCCGCUCCCUCAGCUUACAUGGUGAGGGACCGAAGCCCCAUCAGAAGAGCUCCCCCUCCACCUGCUCCUUCAGCUGGUAACGGUUACUCCUACGAGCGCUCUCGGCUCUCUCCGAUGCCAAGGCCGCCGAUGUACACAGCUCCCCGCCCCAGGGAUUCCUAUUCAGAGAGAGCGCCACCACCACCACCUCCGCCUCGCUACGCAGGCUAUUAGAUCCCUCGAGUGUAAUACAAGGUGAGAACAAAGACUGGAUGUUUCAUAACCUCAUUAAUCACAUUGAUAACAAGUAGGCAUGAUUGGAAAAAAAAAAAAAAAAGUGUAAUAAACAGAAUGAGAGCUCAGUCCGUAAGUUGAGGUAGAAUCACGCUUUAAACCAUCAACCAGAGCUCUUUAAUUCCUUCAGAUCAAUAAUAAAACCUUUAA